AGGGGUACCGUUCAUACGCUAUCACCACCCAGCAGAUGGACUAUUUCAGGAACUUCUAUUCUUAAAGACUAUGGCCGAACACAGGCAGGUUUCUGUGGACAGUAAUUCACUAUGUCAACAUACAAGUACGUGUUGGCAUCAUUUUGUACCCUCUGAUUGACAAGGACCCUCCAUAAUAACAGUUUACAGAUCGAUGCUACUCCGACACUUCCGGUUUGUCAAGAAUACUGAAAUGAACGUGACCACCAGCCAGACUGCAGGUUACUUAACGAAAGUGAAAUAAAGUUUGGUCACAGCUUGAAGGUGGGGUGAUGGAGGCCCACGGAGUGGGCUUCUCCGACAUGACAGCGUGGUUCUGGAUUCUUACGUGGCUUCCUCUGGUUCUACCUGCUUUGAGUCAGCUCCCAGUGCCCACCAAUGUUACCCUGAACUCCAACCAGCUCAGCUAUAUUCUGAAAUGGGAACCUGGACCAGGUACACCCACAGGAACUUACUACCAUGUCAGCGUUGGAACAGAGAGGGGAACUUCCGAUGUGCCGGUGUCUGGCUGCGAGCAUGUUCAGCCUCCACUGAUCUGCAAUAUGACCGAGGCCUUCUCAGACUGGAGGGAACGCUACAUCACCAAGGUCACAGCUCACCUCGGAUCUCUGCAGUCAGAGGCAGCCACCACAGGAUUCAAACCCAUCGAUCACCUGGACCUACCAGGGGUGAAGGUCACACCCUGCGGCAGAGACCUGUGUGUUGACCUCCAGCCUCCUCUUGGACAUAAUUUGAGUUACGAACUUCAGAUCAGGAGCACCGAUAAAGACAAAGCACAGUUUCUCAAGGACGUCAGAUUCCAGGGAAGAGAGACUCUAAAGGAUCUGGCUCCUGGUAGACAGUACUGUGUCUCAAUCCGAUUCGCAGACAGCCUGGAGAACAAGAUGUCCAACUUUAGCCACCCUGUUUGUGCUUUCACCUCUGGCUUGUUUCCUACAGACCCGGUGAUCUCUGCUGCUGCAUGCUCAUUGGUGGUAGCUGCAGUAGUAUUUUUGGUCCUGUUGGUCUCUACUGGUUAUAUCCAACUGAAAAAGAGGCAAAUGCCAUCAGUUCUGUUAACCAUCGAGCACGUAGAAGAGGUCCUAGUCAUCACAUCCUGUGCUGUGUCUUCCUUUCUGAAUGUUUGGCCAACAUCUACCGCAGCCGAGGAGAAGCCUUGCAGAUUGUCUUCAUCAGAUGAGAGUGAUCAAGACUGUACAACAGAAAGCGUUGGUAAGACCAGUAAGAGAGCUUACCAACAACGGAUAGACACUUACCUCCACAACUCAUCUUCAUCCUUGUCGGUGUCUUCUUCCUCCUCGAACCAGCUGUCGGACGUCUUUGACUCACAAUCCAAAGCACAGGUUUUAACUGAAAGUGUUGAAAUAGGCAGUUUAACUAGAGGCCAAUUUCAGGAAGGUGAAGUAGAGCAUGAAAUCACGAUUGAGGCCGGCCAGGAUGUAAACCUCUACACAUUGACCUUUGGCAGGCAAAAGGAGGUGAAGUCGCUCCACGACACACCACAGGUGGACUGUCUGGAUAGUUCAGAUGAUAUUACGCCAGUCGCAUCCUCACAAACUGCAACAGACUGGUGUGUUGAAGAGGAGCAAGAAAUGGACACAAGUUCUGGAUACAUGGGGCGCCCACAUGCUGACGACUGAUAGAACUUCAAAAGAGCUGCUGUUCAAACACAGACUGAAGCUGCACAUGACAUUAAAUCAACGCUGUCUAGAGAACAUUGUCUUACAGAACUGACUUCACAUGCUGGGGAAAACAAUGUGAGAAACUUCUGCUCAUUCCUUUCAUUUGAGUCAAAUUCAAAUCCUGGAAACAUUUUUUUGGAACAGAAAUAUAGUCAUUUUUAAUGUGGGCAUAUUCCAAAGUAGCUUUUCAAAAUACAGUUUAAGAAAAAAUUCAUGCCAUGCUGGUCUUUUGUGGUAUUCCUUAGAUUAGGGGUUUUCAAACUUUUUUAAGCCACGACCCCCAAAAUAAAAUGUAUUGGUGUUCGCGACCCCCACACCCACACGACAACUUAGUGAUGAACUGUGUGAUGUGUCAGACGGGUCCUCUUGUAGCAUCCUUUAAAUGUAAGGCUGGAAUCGGUCCAAAUCUUCACAAAUAAGAAGGAAAAAGUAGUUUUUGGUGGUUCACUGCUUUGACAAGGCAUCUACAAACCCAAAAUCAGCUUCUUUCACGACAGUGAAGUCAAAUUCAGAUUUUUAAUAUGUGUACUAACUUUGUUUAUUCAUUAUUCUGUUAAAAAUGAUGUGCUAAUUUCAAAGAUGUAUCCCUUCAUUAAUGGUUUAAUUUUGACAGCCCUGG